CUAGAUCAGAUCGAACAACCACGAAAAGUAGAUUCAAGAAACCUACUCCUAGGCCAAGAUAAUCAGCUUAAACUGCAGCUAGACGCAAUUGGACACGCUAUUACGCUAGUAAUCCAACAAGCUGCAGACAAAGCUAUCCCACAGCUAAAGCAAGGGCCAAAAGCAAAGCCCUGGUGGAGCCAGGAGUUAACUAAGCUAAGAAAAAACGUAUCUUACUGCCAAAGGACAUUCUCGCAACAGCUUCAAGCUACGUUUAUAGAAGAAGCGUUCCUAUAUAAGAAGGACUUCUUACUAGCGCGAAAUACCUACUAAACAGCAAUUAAGAAAGCAAAAAGAGACCACUGGAAUAACUUCCUUGAAAAAGAAGACCCACAAUCUAUCUUUAAAGCUAUGGACUAUAUAAAGGAUAAGAGAGUAGAAAGAAUCCCUCCUAUACAAGGAGAGACGCUAGAAACCUCUUUUAAAGGCAAGUGUAAAGCAUUUCGAAAAGCUUUAUUUCCUCCGCCACCACGUACAGUACCACCAAGCUUCAAUAAUUACCAAGAGAAAGAGUGGGAGUGGCCAGCGCUAUCAGCAACUGAGCUAGAAUACGCGUGUUCUAGUAAGGUCAAAAGUAGCUUACCCGGCCUAGACGC